AUGGCUACAGGAGUUAUCAAUUGCCAGAACGGUGAAGUUCCUCAGUCCAUCUCCUUCUCCGGGUCUGGAUUCAUGGCCACCUACCAGUUAGGGGUGGCCCAGUGUUUCCUAAACUAUGUUCCCUGGAUUCUGCGCACAGCUCCGUAUGUUCUCGGUGCGUCUGCUGGAUCUCUGGUGGCAGCUGCUGUGGUCUGUGAGAUGAGCCCAAUCACCAUUCGGGAUGAGAUGAUCCACUUUGCCAAGCAGAUGAAGGCUUUCCCACUCGGGCCUUUCAACCCCUCAGUCAACGUGUUCCACUGGUUGGAGAGUAUUUUAAACAAGUACCUUCCCCCCGAUGCACACCACUUGGCCAGCGGUCGUCUCGCUGUGGCUAUGACCCGUCUGAGUGAUGGCAAGCAUAUAGUGACGACUGAGUUUCAGUCCAAAGAGGAUGUCGUACAGGCCCUGCUUUGUAGCUGCUUUGUGCCUGGCUACUGUGGAAUUUCGCCUCCAUCCUUCAAAGGAGAAUAUUAUGUCGAUGGAGGUUUCAGUGGCAUGCAGCCUGUACCGCCUGUGUCCUGCAGCCACACGUUGACAGUGUCACCGUUCUCCGGAGAGACGGACAUCUGCCCCUCGGACACGCCGUGCAUUUGGGACAUGGUGGUGAGCGGAGCCACGCUGAAGGGCAACAUGGCCAACAGCUUCAGGGUCAUCAACGCUCUUUACCCCAUGGCUUUGGAGACGCUGGAUCAAGCCUACUACAGCGGCUACAAAGACACCAUUGAUUUUCUUCUGCGCAAUGAUCUUGCCCCAUCAUUAACAAUGAAAAAAUUAUCCCGGGGGCCACUUACCUGCAACCAAAGUAAAGUGUGGAUGCAUCUGGACACCACCACAGAGGAAGAGGAAGAGAUGAAGGUGGAGCAGGAUAAAGCCACACUGACGUCUUUUACAGACAACAGAAAUAUACAGACGGGCCCUGCCAAAGUCCACAGUAAGCAGAGGUAA